AUGUCUACCUCUAGACGUUCUGCCCAUAGCAGCGGAGGGGGUCCAGUAUCUCCCUUUAUCAAAAAGGAUAGAUUUAGAAGGGCUUUCAAAAAGGCAAGGUCCACCAUGCCAAUCAAUAUUAAAAAGGAGGAUCCAGAAGAAAUUGAAGCUAGAGAGAAGAAGCUAUUGGGGGUGGAGAUCGCUACUAAUAAUAUUUCAUCGGUGAAAAAGGAAAAUGAAGAAUUUAAUGAGUUUCCUCUAAGAGCCACAUCGAAGGAAAAAUUAGAGAACAUGCGAACCCAUUUAUUAAAAUUUCAAAGCAAGAAAAAAAUUGAGUUUAAAAAUUCGUUCCAUUUACCUAUUAGAUUGCACAGAAAGGAUACAAGAAAUCUGCAAUUCCAAUUAACAAGAGCUGAAAUUGUACAAAGGCAAAAAGAAAUAGCUGAAUAUAAAAGAAAACAGGAAGAAGAGAAGCGCAAUGACCAUUCAAAUAGCCAUAGUAGAGGCAACUCUUCCAGUGGUCGUAAUGCUACUCCUGUAAGAACAGCUAUGUUACAUGGUACACCAAUUGUAGCAAACGGUAGUAGCAGCAAUUCUAGCAGUGCAUCCAAAUCUUCCACUUCUAAGCCUGCUGCUAAUGCACCCAGUUCCACUGAUGCUAAUAGUGCUGGUAACAUACCUAAUGGAGAUACUAAACAAGGUGCUGAUCAAUCUGCUGCUCAAUCAAAUGAUCAAGUGAUUCCAAUGAUUACAAAAUUAGAGGAAGCAGGUAUAUCAGAACAUCCAGAAAAGGUAGGUAUGGUUAAAUAUGAUGGUCAUGAAGACCCAGAUGCUACAUUUGAAACAGGAACCACGGAUCCAUUUGCUGAUGUUGCGCCAGAUGGAGGUGGACGUGCAAGAAGAGUUAACUCAAAACGUAAAACACGUCAAUUGAAAGUGUUAGAUGAAAAUGCCAAAAAGUUGAGAUUUGAAGAAUUUUAUCCAUGGGUUAUGGAAGAUUAUGAUGGUUAUAACACAUGGGUUGGUUCUUAUGAGGCAGGUAACUCUGAUUCUUAUGUUUUACUUUGUGUGGAAGACGAUGGUAGUUUCACUAUGAUUCCAGCUGAUAAAGUUUAUAAAUUUACUGCAAGAAACAAAUAUGCUACUUUGACCAUUGAAGAAGCAGAAAAGAGAAUGGAUAAAAAGAAUGGGGAAGUUCCACGUUGGUUAAUGAAACAUUUAGAUAAUAUUGGUACCACCACUACUAGAUAUGAUAGAACAAGGAGAAGACUUAAGGCAGUCGCAGACCAACGUAGCGUUGGUGGUGAUGACGAGGAAGAACAUGAUGAUAAUUCUGAAAACGAAUUAGAUUAUGAUGAAGAAUUUGCCGAUGAUGAAGAAGCUCCAAUUAUUGACGGUAAUGAACAAGAAAAUAAAGAAUCUGAACAACGUAUUAAGAAGGAGAUGUUACAGGCCAAUGCUAUGGGUCUUCGUGAUGAUGAAGAUGUUCCAGAUGAUGGGAAAGAUGAUUUGUUCAAUGAAAAGAAGAUUGACGAACAAGGUGAGAGAAUUAAGAAAGCACUACAAAAAACUGAAUUAGCUGCAUUAUAUUCAUCAGAUGAUGAAAUUAAUCCAUAUUUGUCAGAAUCGGAUUAUGAAAAUACAGAGGUUAAGAAAGAAGAUGCAGAAAACAGCAAGGAUAAAAGCGGUAAUGAAUCACCAUCAAAGAAAUCAAAAUCUCCUCAAAUUAAAAAAGAGAAAUCACCAGCUAAGUUGGAGCCUCAAUUAAAAGUCAAAAGUAUUAAAGAUUGCGUUAUUAUAUUAAAAGGUGAUAAGAAAUUACUAAGGAACUUUCCUGCAGGCGAAUGGAAUCCAAAUACUUCUAAACACCAAAGAAAAGAUGAUGUGAAUAAUACUACCGUAGAAUCUACCGCUACAGUUGUUAAAACAGAAGAACCUGAAUCUAAAAAGAUUAAAACUGAAAAUAGUGAUGCCGAUAUACCAUUAAUUACAGAACAAGAUAUUAGAGAUGCGAUUGGUGAUGGUAAGGUAAACGUCAAAGAAUUUGGUAAAGCUAUUAGAAAGAGAUUCCCGGGUGCUGAAAAUAAAAAACUAAUGUUUACAAUUGUUAAAAAACUUUGUAGAAAAGUUGAUAAUGAACAUAUGGAAUUGAAAAAAUAA